AUGUUCGCCCGCAGUGUCCGUCCCGCCCUCACGGCCGCCCGCACUGCCAACCAGCAGCAGAAGGCUGGCAUGGCUACCCUCAAGGAGAUUGACCAGCGUCUCAAGUCGGUCAGGAACAUUGAGAAGAUCACCAAGUCCAUGAAGGUCGUCGCCUCGACCAAGCUCACCCGUGCCGAGAAGGCCAUGCGCGAGGCCAAGAAGUACGGCGGUGCUUCCAACGAGGUCUACGAGCAGACCAAGGAGGGCGACGACGCUGCUGCCGCUGCCCCCGCCGGCGAGGCCGUCGAGAAGAAGCCCAUCUACCUCGUCAUGUCGUCCGACGGUGGUCUCUGUGGUGGUAUCCACUCUUCGCUCUCGCGUUACGUCCGCAAGAUCGCUGCCCAGGACCCCUCGAUCCAGGUCGCCAUUGUCGGUGACAAGCCCAAGGCUCAGCUCACCCGUAUGAUCAACAACGACAACAUCCGCAUCUCCUUCUCCGGUGUCGGCAAGGACGUCCCCACUUUCGGUGAGGCCGUCGCCAUCGCCGACGAGCUCAUGAAGCACGGCGGUGACUUCAACGAGGUCCGCAUCGUCUCGAACCACUACAUCUCGGCUCUCUCGUACGAGGCCCAGACCGUCACUGUCAAGUCGGCCGAGGAGCUCCGCCAGGCCGCCGGCUUCCAGCGCUACGAGAUGGAGGAGGACGUCUCCAAGGACCUUGCCGAGUUCUCGCUCGCCAACGCCAUCUACGCUCUCCUCGUCGAGGGCCACGCUGCCGAGAUCUCGGCCCGUCGUACCGCCAUGGAGAACGCUUCCAACAACGCCAACGACAUGAUGGGCUCGCUCCAGCUCCAGUUCAACCGUGGUCGCCAGGCCGUCAUCACCACCGAGCUUAUCGACAUUAUCACUGGUGCUUCCGCUCUCUAA